CAUCAACCAGGACAUCAACCAGGACAUCAACCAGGACAUCAACGCGAUCACCGUCCAACGCACCAGCCGCGACAUUCUCCAUCUCAGCUUCCCCUGCACAAUCACAUUUGUCAAUCCAUUCUCCGCCCAUCGCUUCCGUCCUUGGCCGCGCCUUCCUCUCUUGCUCUCUCGCACUCCUCCCGCACUGUCGAACCAUCGCUGUGAAUGGCAAACCCACCUGCACUGCCGUUAGGAUCAUUCUUCCUGCACACCUUCGACCUCUUUUUAUCCCAUCUUGUUUCGCCCCGAAUAUCUGCUCAUUAACUGAUCCGGCCAAGCCUCGUUCCUGAGAAUCCCACUGCUCGCCCCGUUCCAUCUCCUCCCUCGGACUCAUAUCCUUCUUCUGCCUGCGCACCCUCUGUUUGUGUCCUCUAUUCCAUCCUUUUUGCUAUUCCAUCCUUUUGCUCUUCUCCCAAGGUCGAUACAGCCCCCCCCCGUUUCAUCCGCAUCAUCUGUAUGAGUACCGAGGAAUCCUCUCUGCCGCUCUGUUCUGCCCCGUAUCCAAUAGCCGCUUUCGACUUUGACGAUGUUCUGCAGCUCAUCCUUACCCGCGUCGCCACCGGGGCAGAUCUGAUGGGCUGCCUCCUGGUCUCGCGGAGAUGGUAUGCUGCGGCCCUUCCUGUCCUCUAUCGCCACCCUCUCCUGGCCUCGCCGCAAGCCCUGUGCGCCUUCGUGAUUGUCUUGCGCCAACAUCCGCUGCGAUCUGCGUUCCUUUCUUCCCUCUCCUUCGCGGUUCCCCCGGGCCAGCCCUCGUGGCUCAGGGACAAGGAUCUGGCAACCCUCUUCGCCGCGCUGCGGCGUUCGGACUCACCGUCCCUCAACGUCCGCCAUGUGAGCUUCAAGGGUUGCCGUGGAAUCACUGGCAGGUCUCUGCAGCAUCUCCCGCUGCUGUUUCCUUCGCUGACCUCGGUCGAUCUCCAAGGAUGCGUCGGAAUAUCGUCCAGCCUCCCCAUAAUGCUGGUUCGUUCGCUAAGGGACCUCUCGCGUCUGAUUCUCUCGGCCAGCUGCGCCGUUCCGCUCUGUGAUCUGCCUGCGCUCAUGACUCCCAAGAUGCAAGACCUCGAUGUUGUCAUUCACCACUCGCCGUAUUCGUCCAUCGCCUGGCUUAUGCAUCCGCCCAUGCCCCCAAGCCACUCGACCGACACCCAACCGCGCGCCCUCCAGAGGCUUGCCCUGACCCGCCAAGAGAUCAUCACCAACCAGGGGAUGCUUCCGGACGAGGCACUGACCUCGCUGCUCCGGAUGAACCCGACCAUCACCGACCUCGAUCUCCGCUGGAACGCUCAGCUAACGUGGUGCUCGCUGCGAGACAUUGUCCUCUGCUCCGGGCUGCAGAGGCUCUCGCUGGACUUUUGCUCCCAGCUAUGCGAUGACACGCUGCUCCAUAUUGGCCGGGGCUGCCAAAGGCUCCGACACCUGUCGCUUUCUCACUGCCGGCUUAUUACGGACGCUGGCAUCAGCUAUGCUGCCCAGACUCUCCGCUCCCUGGAAACAAUCGAUAUGGACGGCAUUGCACACCUCACCGAUACGGCGGCGGCCGUUUGGACUGCCCACGACCAUAUCAGAGGCAUCAGUAUGGCGCGAUGCCCCAACCUGACGAAUCGCAGCCUCCUGGCCCUCGCUCAAGUGCGCAACUUGUGCACUCUCAACAUAGCCGACUGUCCUCAAAUCAGCUGGCCCCAAGCCCCCGAGCCACCUACCUGCUGCUUCCGAGCUCUCAGGACGAUCACAGUCGAUGCUAAAGCGCACACGGUCGAGAAUGCGCUGGGCAUCUUGAGCAAGUGCCCGGCUCUCGAGACCAUCGUUGUGAAGGGACGCAUGGGCACUCGUCCCAACUUGUCAAGCCUCCGCAACGGCUCACUCUCCCGAGUCGCUGUUGAGUACAUAUAAUCAAGCCCGCCAGGCCACUCAUCUGCCAAGGCACGACCUGUGGUGCUUUCGCACACGGUUCGCAAGGAUAUGCCGCUCCCGCGCCCAAUGAGUAGUGCUCUGAGUGCCAUCACUCGGAGCCGAGCAAGCCGGGGUCCCGAGCCAUCGACGAGCUCCACUCCAGCCACUGCCCUGGAUACUCUCCCGACACAAUGUCGGCAACUUUUGCAUCUGUAGCCAGGGAUACAGGCGUCGCAAGUAUUAUGUGUUGGCUGCACCUUCCCAUCUAUUCAAUUUCCAUCAUCGACGUUUGCUCUUUUUGGUAUCAUUUUUGACGAAUCAUGCUCAACGAUCCCUGUUUGUGAGAUGACCUCCCGAUGACGCCUGUAUCUUCAAUCAAUUCGUGCUCGAGCAACAAUACAUUUCUCCAGCAUAGAUCA